AUGGCAACCACCAUUGAAACACCACAGCACCCAGUGCGUGAACGAGGCUCUGAAAGCGACACCUCGGUCGACGAGAUCGCGCAAGUGAAGCAGCAGAAUGCGCUGGCUUCGCUAGGAAAACCCGGCAAGGACCUCGACACAGCAUCCCCCAAACGAUGGAAAACAUUCUGGUCGGCAUUCCGACACCUAGCGCACCUGACUCCGAAAGAAGUCGACGAUUUCAUGGCCUCCUAUGUCAUCUACAACCUCGACUGGUCCGACGAGAAGCAAAUGACCGAAGCGCUAGGCCCGAAUUACCAAGAGAAAGUCGGCGACUGUCUAAAAUCCUACUACGGAGUCCUCAACCACCUCUGCGCCCUCGGUGACGUCGAGAAAAUGUAUAUCCCGCCCUGGAUGAGCCGCAAAGCAAACUGCCUCGAGAACCAGAUCCUCUAUGAGCGUUCCAUCGCAGCAGAUAUCGGCCUCAAGACCGGCGACAAGGUUCUGGAUCUGGGAUGUGGACGUGGUCGCGUCGCUGCGCAUAUGGCGCAACAUACUGGCGCGGCUGUUACCGGUCUCAACAUCGACCCGAAUCAGGUUGAGCAGGCGUCUAGCUACAACAAGCAGCUUGGAAACAGUAACAACUUCGUCGUGCAGGAUUUCAAUGACCUGCCCCUGCCUUUCGCGAACGAUAGCUUCGACGCCUUCUACCAGAUCCAGGCUUUGAGUCUAUGCAAAGACCUGCCUGCCCUGUUCCGCGAGAUCUUCCGUGUCGUCAAGCCCGGCUCGAAGAUCUCCCUGUUGGACUGGAUUAGUCUGCCCGACUAUGACGCCACCAACCCCGAACACGCUGAGCUGAUGCGCCGUGUCAAGCCGCUCAUUGGUGCUGUGGGUACUCCUACCCAGGAGAGUCUGGAGGCUGCGCUUAAAGUGGCUGGAUUUGAGGUUGUGCGCUCGGAGAAUGCUAGCAUUGAUGGCCUUCAAUCGCCGCUGAUUGAUACCGUUGAUGGAUACUUCCGUACCCUGCGCCAGGCUAUUUUGGCGCUUGUCAAAGUUCAUGUCUUGCCGAAGCAUUUCAAGACUCUUAUCAAUCGUCUUUGUCUUGAUGGGCAGGCUUUUGUUAAGAUGGAUACUAUGCGUCUGGCCACGACGAGUUAUAGCAUCAUCGCGCAGAAGCCGAAGGCUUAG